CGCUCCGGAGGCGGCGCGGGGCCGAGGCCGGGGGCCGAGGCCGGGCCCGGGGGAGCCAUGCGGACAGCGCAGGAGCGCAGCCAGGAGCGCCUGCCGCCCAAGAAGCGCGAGCUGCCCGUCGCCCCCGCCGGCGGCGAAGAGGCGGGCCGGGGGCCUGAGCGAGCGGCGGGGGGGCCCGGCGGCGAGACCUCUUCCUCCUCCUCCGCCGCCGCCGCCGCCUCCCCGGCCGAGUGGGCGCGCGGGCCGUCGCGCUACGGGGAGGGUGCGGAGGGUGCGGGGGUGGGGCUGACGGUGGACCAGUACGGGUUGCUGUACAAGGUGGCGGUGCCGCCGGUGGUGAGCGUCAGCCCGCUGCCGCCGGCCUUCAGCGUGGCCUCGCCGCUCCUGCCGCACCCGGGGCUCCCCUACUCGCCCGUCCACUACGCGCAGCUUCCCCCGGCCCCGCUGCACUUCGUGGGCUCGCACUACUCGCUGCCCUACGCCCUGGCCCCGGGCUUCCUGCCUGGGCACCUUCUGCCGACCUCGGCGUCUGCCGGCCUGGCCGCCUCUCGCAUCCCCCACUUGGUGCCCUACGCCCCUCUCCUGCCAGAAGAGGCCGCGCCGCCUGCUCCGGGCUUCGGCAAGCCUGCGGCCCCCCUUUCCCCCUCGGGCCCCGUGCAGCCCCAGGGUGGGGGCCAGCCGCUGGAGGCGGGGCAGAGCAGGUUUCCGGUUUAUUACCAGAUGUCUCCCGUACCAGCCGGCUAUUCAGCGUUUGAGAUUCCCGUUGUGGAUCCCGGCUUGGAUCUCCCUCUACCGAGCCCCAAAAUUGUCACAGCCAACGGGGUGGAGAGGCCCGCUGUGGGGCCCAAGCGAAGUGAGGCUCUGGGUACGGACAGCGGCAGCACAGAAGGGCAGUUUCCGAGGACGGCAGGAGAUUCCACCAGUCGCUUCUUCACAAGCUGUCAGUCUGCAAGAACAGAAGCUUCAGUGAUCUCUCAGCGCAGCACCCCAGACACCGACCUGGAAGUGCAGCAGGUGGUGGGUGUGUUUGCUUCUCAGGACUACCCUGCCUGCUCAGGGCAGAAGGAUGGCUUAAGCCCUUUAAAUCUAUCGCAUCGGGAUCUCUCUGAGCAGGAGGAGGAAUCGGUGAGGAAUCUAGGACGAGCUGCUGCUAGGCUGUCUGCAGAGGAACAGCUCCACCACCCUAACCCGGCCCUGAGAGGCCCGACGAUGGCCAAUGGCAAGGCAGCAUCAGGGUCCCUUCUGCCUGCGGCUCAGGAUGGCCUUGGGAGAGUGAGCCCGGAGGUGCCAGCGCAGGGGUUGCUGCCUGAUACAGACCAUGCUCGCUCCCAGGCUCACUUGCCCUCCCAUUUCAUGAAAGGCGCCAUUAUCCAGCUGGCCACUGGGGAGCUGAAGCGGGUGGAGGAUCUGCAGACCCAAGACUUUGUGCGCAGUGCAGAGGUGAGCGGUGGCCUGAAGAUUGACUCCAGCACAGUUGUGGACAUCCAGGAGAGCCCCUGGCAGGGCUUCGUCAUGCUACAUUUUGUGGUUGGGGAGCAGCAGAGCAAAGUGAGCAUUGAUGUCCCCCCAGAGCACCCAUUUUUUGUGUAUGGACAGGGUUGGUCGUCUUGCAGCCCAGAGCGGACAGCUCGGCUCUUUGCACUCCCUUGUCACAGACUGCAGGUGGGUGAUGUGUGUAUUUCCAUCAGUUUACAAAGUCUGAAUGGUAGGCUUGCUCCUCAGGCUAGCCCCCAGGGAGCUACUAGAGAGAGGCUUGUAAGAUCCAGCCAGAGUCUCCGAGAGCCACAAGCUAGGGCUGGGGAGGAAAGCCCUCUGCAGAAGGGUGCGGGGUCAGUGGGCUCUCCCUCCGAGUCCUCCCAUCUUGAACCCACCUCUCAGCAUGGCUGGGCUGGCCCCAGCUUCCAAAGGUUUGGGGAGGAGCCCCAGUCGCCUCUGCUUCGCCCCUCAUUCAUUCCCCAAGAGGUCAAGCUGUCCAUUGAGGGUCGGUCAAAUGCAGGGAAGUGAAGCCCUGCUGGUGGGUGAACUGCUGGCCAUGCCGAACUGUGCUUUUGCUUGGCUCCUGAGAGGUGCCCCAUUCAUCCCCUCCUGUGUGCCUGAAAUCAUUCCACUGGCAGAGGCUUCCUCCUCCCACUCCCUGCAGGGCUUGUUGGCUGUCUGCAGGGUGAUCUCUAACAGCAGAGUUCUUCUCCUGUGGAGGGAGGACCGGGACCCCAUCGCCCCUCUCUUCACACAAGCACUUUAAGCAGGCACCUGCCGAAACACAGAGCAGAGCGCGCUUUCCCCGGAGUGGGGACGCGGAGACCAAGCCAGGGGGCUGAAGCAGGCGAGGUCCCCGCUCAGGCACAAGUUACGCUUCUCUGCUUUAGGGAGAGGUGCAAAGCCUUGCUGCUAUAGGAACUGCAGCUGCUCUCUUCAAGCAAGGAGAAAAUGGAGCCGAGGCAGGCAGGGCUGGCUUUCUAGUCUGAGUUUCUCCUCAGGAUGGUAUUUAUAAGCAUUUGUUGUAUUGAAAAGAAGCAGUUAAUUCAUAUCCUGUUGAACGAGAGCCCUGACCACACACUGCAUGCCCUCUGGCCUCUGCAGCCAGUUAGGAAUAGGGCCCUGCUGAAGAAUACACACCCUCUUCCCUCCCUGGCUUUUCCACUCAGCCACUCGCUGCCUGAAGCAGCUCAGUUUGGGCCAAAAGUUUAUCAUUGAAUUAUGGAGUUUGUCUUAGCCUGGGGCAUAUCAUAAACCUACUAUGGAUGGUGGACUGGCAGAAGCAUCCCAAGGAAAACAUAUUUUCUGUGUGGGUUACAAGCCUGCCACACAUUCAACCAUUAGGGGCCUGUCUGAUUAAAGUCUUUCUUAGGGACAUUUGUGGAGUUGAGGAUGCAGCCACUGCAAUAAUUUCUGAGCUCUUUGGAUAGAGAAGCCCAAUGUGUAUGAGUGGCACUUGCCAUCUUAACAAGAUGUGUUCCGGUUCCUUAGACAACAAAAUAACAGACAGUGAUGAGUCCAGAAGAAUAAAACAACCGUUUUUGAGUCUAGAGCACUAAAGGUUACAAUAGCAUGCCAGCAGAAUGGGCUCCAGUUAGAGAAUUUCUGUCGGCUUGGUGCCUUGCAACCUCUGUGGAAGGGUGAAAGGAAGUUCUUGACUUUUCUUGAUUCCUCCUCCAUUGAGACGGUGCCCCCAACGCACUCUUCUCUAGAGCAGCUGUUAGAAACCGCCUUCCACCUUGGCUGGAAACUGGACUGGUGCUUGUUGUGGCACUGACAGUUGUGUUGAGGCAGUGUGCCCCAAGCGCCUCUAUAUGAAGCACAGCCGAAUUUACUUUUCUCACCUGCCUCCCUCCCCGCUCUUGCUGUCUUCUUCCAGUGGCUCUAGCACUUUACACUAUUCCCAGCUGCUUGUCAGUCAUCAUCCCUUGUCUUUCUUCAUUGACUCCCCCAGGCCUCUGUCAUGUGUGCCUCAGGCCUGUUCUGAUUGCCCCACCCUGGGCCUGGAGUCUUUUAUGUCCUGCUGUCGUCAUCCUCUGUUGGAAUUCAUUUUAUUUGUUUUAGCCCAGCUUUCCAGCCUGUCAAGAUCAUCCUAUAUCCUGACUCUGUCUUUGACUAUAUUUGCUACCCCUUCCAAUUUAGUAUCAGCUGCAAAUAAGCAUUUUCUCUGUUCCUUCAUCCAAAUCAUUUAUCAAAACGUUGAACAGAACAGGUCCCAGGACUGAUCCCUGAGGCACUCCACUUGUCACUCUUCUCCAAGAGGAUGAGAAACCAUUAACUAGCACUUUUUGGGUGCUGUCUGUCCACCAGUUACAGAUCCACCUAAUAGUGAUAGGAUCCAAACCACUUUCUUCAUUGACUCCCCCCCCCCGAUCCUCUGUCACGUGUACCUUAGGCCUGUUCUGAUUGCUCCAUCCUGGGCUUGGAGCCUUUCGUGUUCUGCUGUCCUUCCACCGAGUCUGCCUCUCUCCUUUUCCCUCGGGGCAGGCUACUGGGAGGUGGGGCUGAGCAGGGGCAUAUAGCCGGCUACCCUGUGGGGUUGUUUCCUUUUCCCUCUGCGUGUUCCUCUCCAGUUCACUUUGGCUUUUGAGCCUUGUAGGGGAUGGGGGGAUGGCUUUGCCUUGGACAACUUCUGGGAGAUGAUAAACAUGCUAAACAAGUCCCCAAAGGAUUAGGUUCUUGACGACUAGCAUUUGGUGUACACGUUUCUAGGCAGAGUAUGGACACUGGGUGCAAACAUAAUGGGCAGCGGGCCAUGGCUGUGUUGGCAGGGCUGCCGCAGAGGCCUAACCUCCCUGAGCAAUAAGCUACUUCAUUUGGCAGACACUACGGAGGAGCCUCGUGCCUGGCCCUAGUGAAGCUUUCAGGAGGGUCCCCUGAUGUGCAAUACCACGGGGCUCGCCUUCAUCCACUGCCAUUCCAUGGGGUAGGGACCUGGCAGUGGGGUAGCCUUUAGGGAGAGGACGCUGAACUGCAGGGACAGGGGAGCCCCUUGCCUCUGGCCACCCCCCCUAACAUCCCCCUUCAGUUUUGCCCUUCCUUUGGUUCCUUAGCCCCUGCCUACAAGAGUACAUGUGCCUUUCUGUAGCGCCAUCCCCAGGGAUACUUCCUGCUAAUACGCAGGCCCUAUCUUUCAGUCACCUAGGGGAUAUACUGAGGAGGGUGGCAGGCUGGCUCUGGGAUCCAUUGGAGCAUGAGCAAUCCUUGCACAGCACCUUAGCCAGAGUGGGCAGCUGGCCUGGAUGUGGCUGGCAAGGCGGAAUGUGUGACCCAGCUGUUAAUGCGUGUUGUCUUACUCUGUAACCGACUGCAUCGUAUCUAAAGCCUUAGAACUAACCCAGUCCCUUUUCUCCUGUCUGAUCUUUAAGGAAGCAUUAUGAGUCUAAGGAUAAUCUAUUUUGUUGUGUUUUUGUAUCUGUUUUGAAUAAAUCAAUUUGUACUGUA